AUGGCUUCUGCCGGGUCUCCCAACAUCCCUGUCGUGGACUUUGCCGGCUGGAACACGGAAUCUGGCCGUCAGCGAAUCGCGCAAGAAAUCGUCACCGCUUGCAAAAAUGUGGGAUUUGUGCACAUCGUCAACCACUCGCUGCCGGAAUCUAUGUUAGACGAAGCAUUCAACUGGUCGAAGCGAUUCUUUGAGCUGCCCCAAGACGAGAAACUCAAAGCGCCCCAUCCAAAAGGAUGGGCAAUCCAUAGAGGCUACUCUUGGCCUGGGCUGGAGAAGGUAUCACAGGCGACAAGUACCGGUAAUGACCAGGAAAUGAUGGAGCAGCUGAGGGAAGUUACAGACGUCAAAGAAAGCUAUGAUAUAGGAAGUGAUGAGAACACUACACAGCCUAAUCAGUGGCUACCUGAAGACAGCCUUCCAGGAUUCCCUGGCUUCAUGCGCCGCUUCUACUGGGAAUGUUUCCAAGUUGGGGGAGAAAUUUUACAAGCACUCGCCAUUGGCCUGGAGCUAGACGAGAAAUAUCUGGUCGAAAAACACUCAGAAUUUAACAACCAGCUACGCUUACUACAUUACCCGUCUAUUCCGGCGGAAGCAAUUGAGACGACGUGUGCAGCCAGAUGCCCAGCACAUACCGCCUGGAGCUCAAUCACGCUGUUAUUCCAAGAUGACUGUGGAGGGUUGGAGGUAGAGGAUAUCGCAUCGCCGGGGAGAUUUAUUCCUGCAACGCCUAUCAAGAAUGCAAUUGUGAUGAAUAUCUUCUCAGGUCCACCAGCCAUCGAGUCACCUUACCACCUCUCGCUGAUAGAUUUGAGGGAACUGACCGUAUGA